AUGGCCUCCGUGGUUCUGGCCAGUUGCGAGGAACUGGUCGGAAGAGGUGGCAUUUCCCCGCAACACGUCGAACGAUUCAUCUCGUUCUUUUCGUUGCCUGUCGGCUUUUGCUUUGCGCCCCAUUUUCCCCACCGACCGGGUGGCCUGCUACAGUUUGCCAUGAUGCAGCCCACCACACGCUGCCUCAGUGUGCAGACCAUGAACGCUGAUUGGAGCAAGCGCAUCAUUGAGAGCAGAUCGUCAUCGAAGAAGCAGCAGCAGCAGCAGCAACAGCAGCAGCAACAGUCCAUCACGAGCGGCCGUACCAGCCCUUUGGGCCGGGUUCAGUCGCCGCCGAGUCGACUUGGACAGAUGACGACCAGCGCACCCGCCGGACUGGUCCCAGAGCAGCGCGUUGCACGCCUUCGCUUGCGGCGCUACUCGUUCACCGCCUCGGAGGUUGAAGACCUGAUGUCGCGCCUGCAAGUGAAUGAUAACUUUGCCAAUGCUCCCCUGAUUGAGGGUUUUGACUGCAAGGCUCUGGUCAUGCUCAUGACGAGCUGGCCCGCUGCUCUGCAAAAGACCAUUCAAGAGCUGCUCGUCAAGUUUCAUGCCGAGGUCGAGCUCGCCAACUUUUCCGUCCGCGAGGUGCAGCAAAAGCAUCGCCAUGUAUGCCUUCGACGUAUGGAGAUUACUGGCGAGAAGGCCUGUCGUCUGGCCGAGGAUCAACACGGCCAGCUCGUGGAUCUGGGCUUUCGGCUAACGAGCCGCCUGCAGAUGCAACAGGUCGCGUUGAUCCGUGCCGUGCGCAGCAUCAUUGCCAGCGACCAGCCUGAGAACGUCCUGGCCCAACAGCAUUGCCUGCGCCACUUUGACGAUCUCAAGCAGCACUAUGCCCAACAGCGCAAACAAUGGACCAACUAUGAUCGCCAUUUUUAUGAGAGCCUUCGAGACCGCACCUUUUGAGGUGUCAGCAAGCUCCCUCUAUGUCAUGCCUUUUUUUUAUUUACCCCCUUCUGAUAAUAAACCUUUGGAUACUGAACGAUAACCGAUACUAGAUGAAUUUGAGCGCGAGCCCGGCUGCCGAGCUCUUGGCGAGCGUGUCUUGCCUUUGCCAAGGCCGUGGCUUGAUCUGCUGGUCAGAGCAAGCUCAUUUAAUUUGCGCUGAGCGCUUUCAUAUUAUUGAUAUAUACAUGAGAGGUUUGAUUGAUUGCCUCAUCGAAUCGAAAUUUUCAAACUCCUGAAUUGAUGGUUGAAUC